AUGCCACCCCCCAAGCCCACCAAGAGCGCCUUCACCCCCGACCACAGCCUCGGCCUCGUGCGCCAUGUCGUCGCGUCAGCCCUCGCCAACCGCGGCGCGCUGGUCAGCAGCCCCCUCUUCGCCGACGUGAACAGCAACUACACGUACCGGUACAACGCCAUCAACAGCAAGCUAAAGAGCGCGCUGCAGGGCUUUUGCAGGCAGUUUCCGGGGGCGGAGGAGGUCGUCAAGGAGGAGAUUGCCAAGCUCUCGUCCAAGGCCAGUAUCGAGGGCGGCGCAGCUCGUGGCAAGAAGCGCAAGGCGGCUGAUGUGUCGGCACCGAACAAGAAGGCGCGCAAGGGGACGAGUGAGGUCGAUGAACUUGCUGAGGAGGAGCUUGAGAUCAAGGUCGAGGUGGAGCACUAG